CACUGGAAAGGAGGCAUUGGCACUGGACAGCUAGUCAGCUAGUUGACUGAAAGAACGGCUGUAGAGGCGCGCGGUUUCCCGCGCAGUUCCAAGCUUUGAAAUCAGCGUUUGUGCGUUCUACAGUUAGUACUGUUCUCCCGGACGGUCACGGCGUGCCUGUGUGGGUGUAAAAGACAGCUGCGCUAGUUGUGGACUACCAGUAAUGAAGCCUGCCAGGGGGAAAACGCCGAAAAAGAAGGGCCCCUCCAGGCCGGCGUCCACCGAAGCGCAAGACCCGGUUGAAGUGUACUGCCGCAUCCGACCUUUGCACAAUCCCAACGAUGUCCCUGUUGUGCGCCUCAUUGACAACAAGAUUGUCCAGCUUGAGCCCCAGGAAACCAAUGGGCAGUCAAGAAAUAUCCAGAAGCAGUACCGGUACACAUUCAAGUAUGUGUUUGACACCGAUGCAUCGCAGCAAGAGUUAUUUGAGCACGUUGGCCUGCCCUUGGUCAGCGAUCUUCUGCAUGGGAAGCCCGGGCUUCUCUUCACCUAUGGAAUCACAUCGUCCGGCAAGACCUACACCAUGACGGGGCACCCGCACGACGGAGGCAUCCUGCCACGAUGCUUGGAUGUGGUGUUCAAUUCCAUUGGGGAAUACCAAGCUCGGAAAUAUGUGUUCAAACCAGAUAAGCUCAAUGGCUACGACACACAGACAAUGGCUGAGGCAAUGGCCGAGUACCAACAGGACAUCAUGCCUCACACGCCAAAGCCACCGAAAAUAAGGAGGAGGGACGAUGACGCAGUGGACUGGACAAGCCGCACGCAUGAGACUGCCAAAGUAGAGGACGUCGACCCUGACAUGGCUUAUGCAGUGUUUGUCUCGUACAUUGAGAUCUACAACAAUUACGUGUACGACCUCCUGGAAGAAAAUCCGAUAGAUCCUCUGAAGACAAAACAACUGCAGUCAAAGAUGCUGCGCGAGGACUCCAAGCGCUGCGUCUAUGCCUUCGGGGUGACUGAGGUUGAAGUGAAGAGCGCAGACGAGGCAUUCGACGCCUGGUGUCGGGGACAGAAGCGCAAGCGCAUCGCUCACACGGCCCUCAAUGCAGAGUCGAGCCGAAGCCACAGCAUCUUCAACAUCCGGCUCGUUCAAGCUCCUCUCGAUGCUCAGGGCCUGGACAUCUUGCAGGACAAGAAUGCACUGAUCAUCAGUCAGCUUUCGCUUGUGGACCUUGCUGGCAGUGAGCGCACAGACAGAACCGGAAACACUGGUCACCGACUGAGGGAAGCAGGAAACAUCAACAAUUCUCUCAUGGUCCUGCGCACGUGCAUUGAAAUUCUGAGGGAAAACCAGACAACUGGGUCAAAUAAGAUGGUCCCCUACAGAGAUGCAAAGAUCACCCAUCUCUUCAAGAACUUCUUUGAUGGUGAAGGCAAAGUGCGCAUGAUUGUCUGCCUGAACCCACGGCCAGACGACUACGAUGAGACCUUCCACGUGAUGAAAUUUGCGGAGAUGGCUCAGGAGGUCCUGGUUCCGUGCUCCACUCCGACAACACCAGCCGCGACGCUCAAUCUGCGUACUGGUCGCAGAAGGCCCAUCUUGCCACGUACAGCAAAGUUUGGCGGCAGCCUAAAAGAGCUUUCCACAAUGCCACCUCCAGAAAUACCAAGGCCGGUGAUCUGCAUGCCAGAGCUGCCGAACUACUUGCUUACGGAUCCCUCUGACGGCGAAGUUCUUCAGCGAAUGGAGGAGUGGCUGUCCCAGAUGAUCAUGCUCAGGAAGGAGACCAAGGCAAACGACAUGGCUCUGGUUGACGACCUCAGGAGGCAGAUCAUGCAGAUGGAAGCUGAGAACGGGGUGUUGAAAGAGGAGCACAAGGUGCUGCGGAUGGACCUCAAGGCUCGGGAGCAGCAGGUGAUUCUGCUUGAGAAAAAGCUGUCCAACGCGGAGCAGUCUGUCCAAGCCCUCAACCUGGAGCUGGAAGGCAUGUUUCGCCAGAAGAAGACUGUGGAGAACAUGCUGGAUGAGAAGCAGAUGCAGCUGAACAAGGAGGCCAUGGAGAAAGUCCAGAUGCAUCACCGGAUGCAGGAGCAGAUCCAGCUAGAGCGGGAGAGGAUGAAGCGGGCCAUGAACCAGCUGCUCGCCGACAAGCAGGCCGAACUGGAGGCCAAGCUCAGCGUGAACCACGAGAAGUUCCGCAUCCUGCGGGAAGUGCUCAACGCGGCCGACUGGGAUGCGCCCGAGCUGUCUGCUCCUCCCGCGCCGGUAGAGAGUGCCGUGUUGACCCGCUCUGCUGCUGCCAGAGCAUCGGCAACCGGACUGUCAGCAGCGACUUCCGAGCCCAGGCUUUGCGGCACGCCAAAGACUGCCAUGCCUCCAAUGAUGCGCCACAGGCGGUCCAGAUCUUCUGGUGCCGAGAUGUGGGUGGACCACAAGCCAGCUGGCACUGUCGACACAGGCUCGGUGAUGCAGCCAGUGAUGAAGAAAAAGAAGUCGGUGGGCAAGCUGGGUGUGAAGGAUGUCACCAAGGGGGCGUCCAAGUAUGCACUCUUGCACCAGGAACAAGACGCAGGUGGUGACGUGGAGGAACAGCUCUACAAGGGAGAUGUCAUCCCUUCCAUGACCGGUGGGGCCCAAGUUGUCUUCAGCGAAGUGGAGACAGUGAAACACUUGUCGCCAACUUCAAGUCAGCUCAGGAAGCGAAGCAGCGGGCGGGUGGUGCGUGAUGACGAUGAGGACUACGUGUCGGCUCGUUGCUCAGUGUCAGUUGAAGGUCACGCUUAUCCUUCUGUGAUAAAACGAUCAAGAGUGUGAAUCCUUCGGACCUGCUACCUCAACCUGUGCCAAUCUCACUGCUGUAUAUAACUGCAAGAAGAAGAACAAGUGUAUCUUAGUGAUUCGCAAUUAUUUUUAUACUUCAAAUAAAGUGCUUUUAAGACAAAA